AUGGCCACUACCAGUAGAAAACGUGUACGAGAAACAUUGGAAGAGACUAAAGAGGACCCUGUGAGUCUGUUUAAAGAUGUAUCAGACUCGGAGGAAAGUGUUUACUCGGGACUGGAAGAAGAACCAGAAUCUGACAGUGAGGACUCUGAUGAGGAAGAUGGUGAAGAUAACUCAAGUUCAUCAGAUGAUGAAGAAAAUGUGAGUAAUUUGCCAUUUGAUGAAGGAUCAUCAGACAGCGACAAGGAUGAAGAUACUGGACUACAGAAACCUAUUAACAUAAAAUCCCAGACAAAAUCCACAAAUUUCAAGAUGGCACAGGGAACAAAUAGCACAGAGCCAUCAAUUCUGAAAAGAGAUGAAUAUGAAAGUGACUCUUCUGAUGAGGAAGAUAUCAGGAACACCAUAGGAAAUGUGCCAAUUGAGUGGUACAAUGACUACAAUCAUCUUGGUUAUGAUGUACAAGGCAGGAAAAUAGCCAAACCUAAAAGGGCAGAUGAAUUGGAUGAGUUCCUUAAUAAAAUGGACAAUCCUAAUUACUGGAGAACCGUUACCAACAAGAUGACUGGCCAGAAUGUGGUACUUAGCGAAGAAGAUCUGAAGACCAUAAAGAGGCUACAGAAGGGGAACCACCCCAAAGGGGUAGAGAAUCAAUAUGAGCCUUGGGUAGAUUUUGAAACAUCGGAAGUGAUGAUUCACCCUAUGACCAACCGUCCUGAACACAAACGUAGUUUUAUUCCAUCCAAGUGGGAACGACUUAAGGUUGGGCAAAUGGUUCAUGCACUAAAGAUGGGUUGGAUGAAACCAACCCCAAAGCCGAAAGAAGAUGGAGAGGAUGAGGAGGAGGAAGAGAAGUUUUUCAUGCUGUGGAAAGAUGAUGAAGAGAAUGAGAUGACAAGGAGGUAUAGAUCCCAGAUUCCUGCUCCCAAGAUGGCUUUACCGGGUCACAAUGAAUCGUAUAAUCCACCACCAGAAUAUCUGUUCACUAAAGAGGAGGAAGAAAAAUGGCGGAACCAGGACCCAGAUGAACGACGAAUCAAGUUCAUGCCCCAAAAGUUUGACAGUUUACGGAAAGUUCCAUCUUAUCCCAGAUUUGUUAAUGAGAGAUUUGAAAGAUGUCUUGACUUGUAUCUUUGCCCCAGACAAAGGAAAAUGAAGAUGAACAUCAACCCAGAAGACCUAAUUCCAAAAUUGCCCAAACCCAAGGAACUGCAACCAUUCCCAACAACACUGGCAGUAACGUUCCUGGGUCACACAGAUAUUGUGAGAUGUAUAGCAGUAGAUCCCAGUGGUCAAUGGCUUGCCUCAGGCUCUGAUGACAAGACAAUAAAGUUUUGGGAGGUGUCUACUGGUCGCUGUCUUCAAACGCUGACCACAGAAGAUGUGGUCAAGAGUUUAUCAUGGAAUCCCAAUCCAAACAUAAACUUAGUAACAGCAGCAGUGGGUUAUUUCGUGUACCUUAUUAACCCCGGUUUGGUGGACAAGCUGUUAGUAAAUAAAACGGACGAUAUGCUGGACUCUUUUAAACCAGCAGAUGAUGCUGGGUCUAGUAAAAAGCCCCCUGUUGGUUGGAUAGAGAUUGGAGGAAAGGACUAUGAGGCUGGCUAUAGACUGAAACUUUCACACUCAAAGGAAGUUAACCAGGUGACAUGGCAUGUCAAGGGAGAUUACUUUGCAUCUGUGAUGCCCAAAGGAGACAGCAAUGCAGUUAUGAUACAUCAGUUGUCACGGAAACGAUCACAGAAUCCUUUCUCCAAAUCCAAAGGCCUUGUGCAAUGUGUGCUUUUCCACCCUAUCAGACCAUUCUUGUUUGUGGCGACCCAGCGAUAUGUACGUGUAUAUAACCUACUGAAACAGGAGCUCACCAAGAAACUGAUGACCAACUGCAAAUGGGUUUCAAGUAUGGCAGUACAUUCAGGAGGUGACAAUUUGAUUACUGGUAGCUAUGACUGCAGACUCUCAUGGUUUGACCUUGAUCUGUCAGCGAAACCUUACCAAACACUCAGACACCAUAAAAAGGCUCUGCGUCAAGUAUGUUACCACAAGCGAUACCCUCUAUUCGCUUCCGCCUCAGAUGAUGGAACUGUUAUUAUCUGUCAUGGAAUGGUGUACAAUGACAUGCUACAGAAUCCACUUAUAGUGCCUGUGAAAAUGUUGAAAGGACACAGUGUUACAAAAGGCCUUGGGGUGAUGGACUGUGUGUUCCAUCCUCAUCAACCCUGGGUGUUCAGUGCAGGUGCUGACUCUACCAUAAGACUCUUUUCUUGAUUUUUGGAAUGUCAUGAUCAGGUCAUAACUAAGGACAUUGUUUUGAGAUAGUGACAAGGCUACAGGAAAACCUGCAGAAACCAUAAUAAAGUUACAGGAUGCAGAAUUCAUCAUGUAAAUUGUGUUGAUGAUGGCGAGACUUGCAGGUUAAAACAGUGGCAACUAGCUUAUGACAAAAAUUGAAUUUCCUGCUUGAAAACCUGAAGAUCGGAAUGCCUUCUUUUGUCAUAGGAUUAUCAACUCAUGAUGUCAUGAUGAGGUUACAAAACACCAUACUGAAGGUAUGACAUAUUCUCUGAACUAGACAACUUACCAAGGAUACUUAUCACAGUGUUGGCAAUGCUGGCAAGAACCAUACUGUAAUUAUAUGUGCAGUAAUUGCUAUAUUUAGUAUACACACUUCUCUUUAUCAUGGCUACCAAACAUUUCCGUCAUUGUCGACAGUAAGACAAUGUCGGUGGAAGUUAAUGAUUGAGAACAGUGAUUUUUCUCUUGUACAUCCAUCCUACAACUGAAAACAGCAAAUAUAUAUAUUUGCUUGAAAGGGAAGACAAAUAAUUUUGUUCACCAAAACAAAUUUCUAAUUAGCAUUUACACUGGCGUAGUGAGAGUUGGUUGAAACAUUAAGAUAGAACCCAAUUUUGUUAUUUGUUAUAGAUACUGCCAAUGUAAUAAUCAUCUACAUGUUGAAAACAUUGUAUUGCUGCAGAUAAAUAUAAAAUUGUUUUUGAUGUUGAUAAUGUUUAAUCAACAGAGAAAGGACAUUUAAGACAGCAUCUAAUGAGGAUUACCUCUUGUUAAUGUAUCAAAUUACUUUAAAUUUUAGUCAUUAUAAAUACAUUAACAUGAAGAGAAAUAGUAGAAAAUGUAAAAUAACAAAUUUCCACUUCAAAAUUUAAACAAUACUGAAUUAUUGCAAUGGAUGCA